AUGGAUUCGCUCACAACCCACCCAUCCAACGCAGUCCAGGCUCGUGCCUUCACGUCGCCUUCGUCGCUCUCCUUCCCCGGCGGGGCGGGAGAUUUGACGCCGCCGUCCUCUGAGAAAGAGGGAGUGCUUCAGCAUCACGGCCAGCAGCAGCUCGGAGGGAAUGCCGUCAACGGCAAUGGGGUGACACCCACAACUCCCGCUGCGACGCCCGGGGCCACGAACCCGGGGAGUGGCAUCGUGCCGACCUUGCAAAACAUCGUUGCCACCGUCAAUCUUGACUGUCGUUUGGAUCUGAAGACGAUCGCGCUGCACGCUCGCAACGCCGAGUACAAUCCAAAGCGUUUCGCGGCCGUCAUCAUGCGUAUCCGUGAACCCAAGACCACCGCGUUGAUCUUCGCCUCGGGCAAGAUGGUCGUCACCGGCGCCAAGUCCGAGGAUGACUCGAAGCUGGCAUCGCGCAAGUACGCGCGCAUCAUCCAGAAGCUUGGCUUCAAUGCCAAGUUCACGGAUUUCAAGAUCCAGAACAUCGUUGGCUCCUGCGACAUCAAGUUCCCCAUCCGGUUGGAGGGUCUGGCGAGUCGCCAUCACAACUUCAGCUCGUACGAGCCGGAGCUGUUCCCUGGUCUGAUCUACCGCAUGAUGAAGCCUAAGAUUGUGCUCUUGAUCUUCGUCAGUGGCAAGAUUGUCCUCACUGGCGCCAAAGUGCGCGAGGAGAUCUAUCAAGCCUUUGAGCUGAUCUACCCUGUGCUUUCCGACUUCCGCAAGGUUUGA